UCAGUAUGUCAGCUUCUCCACGCCAUUUCUUGUCGAUAUUUUUGGAAUCCCACAACUCUUUUUUUCUCUCCUCGUUUUCUGUUCUUCUCCCUCCCGUUUUUGUGUAGUUCUGAACGGAAAAUUUUCAGAGCCCAUUUUCAUCUGUCUGUUCGCUUUCUCCUUCUUCAAUUUCUUACUUGAAGAACCUUUAAUUUCCUGCUCCUGCAUGAGAACUAUGUCUGAGAAGAUGAUUGCUGAGGAUCUUUUUAAUAACAUUUCUGAAGUUCUUGCUGAACAUGGUCAAAAGGGGAAAUCAGUUUCAUUUUUCGGGGAAGAUAAUAAAGCAAGUUCGGUGGCUGGUCAGAUCAAUAGGAUAUUUGGACGCCAAAAACCUGUUUACAAUCUUCUUGGGGGUGGAAAAUCUGCUGAUGUGCUCCUAUGGAGGAACAAGAAAAUCUCAGCUAGUGUUUUGACUGGUGCAACUAUUAUAUGGGUGCUUUUUGAAUGGCUUAAUUACCACUUCUUGACUCUUGUUUGCUUCGCUUUGGUUCUUGGCAUGUUGGCUCAGUUUAUAUGGACAAAUGUGUCAGGAUUUCUGAACAGAUCAUCGUCCAACGUUCCUCGCCUUGUUCUUCCCAAGGAACUAUUUGUCAAUAUUGCUGUUACGUUUGGUGCCGAGGUUAACCGAGCUCUCUGUUAUCUCCAAGAUAUUGCUUGUGAAGGAAAUUUGAAACACUUCCUUGUGGCUGUAGUAAGCUUGUGGGUUGGUGCUGUGAUCAGUAGCUGGUGCAAUUUCAUAACUGUCUUGUAUGUUGGCUUCGUUGCGGCCCAUACGCUUCCAAUUCUGUAUGAGAAAUAUGAAGAUGAAGUUGACACCUUCGCAUAUAAGGUCUUCGAUCAGCUUUGUGGCCACUACCGAAAGUUCGAUUCAAGUGUUCUUAGCAAGAUUCCCAAAGGAGCUUUCAAGGGAAAGAAGUAUGAAUAAUACAUCAUUUUCAACAUUCAACAAUGCCUAAACCAACCCUAGUUUUUGCAAGGAAUUGGUUGUAUCAUAAGAUUUGGUAAAAUAUUAUCUACCUCAUGGUGAAAUCAUAGAGACCAAGUGGUAGAAAUGAAUCUUUAGUUUAAGUUUGUAUUUGCCAAUUUGCUGAAAUAGGAACCAUCUUUAACAGCUUCCUGUA